GGUUCAGUGUGCUCUGCUGGCUGUGAUCAUUGUGAUAGCCUUUGGCGGGCGAUCUACCGUGUCGGGUUGAAUGAAUACAUACGAAUGCCGGUGUUACAUCAGUAUGAUAGUUUCGAAAGCUGCAUGCGAUCCAAACCGUUGGCCAGGUUUUGUGUAGUGAAAACUGUAGUAAAACCAAACAACCAGUCGGAGAUUUGGCGAAUCAUAGAAAAAUACUCCAAAUACUCCUACCAAUAUCGGCACAGUGUGCUGACAAGAGGCGUUUGCGUGGAAAGUUGUGAAAAAUUAGUUUCGGAAAUGAGUGUUGCUCAGAGGGAGUUGUACUACCAAAAAAAGUUUGAUGUAAAUUUCAAGUACAUCACAAACGACUGGUUGCUACCAAGCAUAGAAGCAUACCGCCAGGAACAUGGAUUCGUCGUCAAUAUUUGCGAGAACUAUAAGCUACAGACUACUUACAACCUGUCAGCUUACUCGGAAAUCGAAUACUGUACGACUAGUGGCGCUGUUUCGAGACAAUCUGAUUUUUGGGACAUUCUAUUCUGGUUGGUAUUGAUUUUUCUUGGGCUACUGGGAAUAUGUUCAACCUACUGCGAUGUCAGGCUGGCAAAAAGUGGAGAUCUCGCCUAUUACCAGAAACCACUAAAAGACCCAAAAUUCAACCUCCUAACCGCUUUCUCGAUUCGAAGGAACAUCCAUCGUCUAACGGUGGCACCGAACGACGAUCAGCUGCAGCGAGAUCUUAGCUUCUUGGAUGCUCUACGAGUCUUCACCAUGGGCAUAGUAAUAUACUCCCACGUGCUGAUAGGCGAGCGAAUGGUGACCAAUCAAAAUCCGGAACUGGUAGAAAUUACUGAUUCAUCACCUGUAAUGCAAAUCAUCGCUUCCAUCUGUCCCUUCACGGUCAAUAUCUUUUUGGCCAUCAGUGGACUGCUGUUGUCAUUAUUUUUCAUUAAAUAUACCGCGAACAAACGGUUCAAUCUGAACCAUCUCUGGUUAGGCAUCGUUAAUCGAUACUUGCGAUCCUUUCCCGUUUACCUGAUGGUUAUGCUGUACGUGGUAUCCGUUUCCGAUAUGCUGCAGUUUAGUCCUUCCGCCUAUCGGUUCAUGGUGUUCUCGAAAGCUGUCUGCCGGAGUAAGUGGUGGAUCAACUUUCUGUACAUUAGCAACUACUACCAACCGGAAGAACUGUGUCUGAUUCACACGUGGUACCUGUCUGCGGAUUUUCAACUCUUCGUGAUAGGUUUGAUAGCGAUGAUGGUUAUGUGGCGUUACCCGCAGUCCUUCAAGUGGCUAAUGGGGGCAUUAUUUGGACUGGGUUUUGCUGCUCCGGCCAUCAGGACGUACGUUUACUCGCUGGAUGCCAUGAUGCCGAUAUCUAACAAAGGACACAGUAUGCGCCUGUGGUACGAGAGAUUGUACAUUGACUUCUACCAAACCACCGAUGUUCACUGUGCCAGUUACUUCGUCGGGAUGUUUGUCGGCAUAAUUUAUCACAAAGUUCGCCAAAAUGAAAAACUCCUCAGCGAGUCGAAGCUGUUUAAAACUCUACAGUACCUCACCAUCCCACUGUUGGCGAUAUUUUUCCUGCCUGCUCCCAUUUUCCACCAGCUGAGCAUACCGAAACCGUCCCUCUGGAUGGGAAUAUUCGCCGGAAUGCACCGGUGGGCAUUCGCCAUCAGUUUAGGAGUGAUUUUUCUGGUGUACAUGUUCAGUGCUGCCGGGACGCUGUUCGGGUGGCUUCGGGAAUCGAAAAUUUUACAGAACAGUUUCAUCCGGGUGUCCGGUCGGCUGAGCUUCAGCAUCUAUCUGAUCCACAUGAGUGUGCUGGAGGCGGUGUUAGCCAAUCAUCACGAAGCUAUGCGGCUUUCGGCUGCCCUAACGGUUUCGGUAUUGUGUUCAGUGACAUUACUCACCUAUUUCUUGGCAUUUCUGGCGUUCGUUUUCAUCGAAAAGCCGUUGGACAUUAUAUUCAAGCAGUUACUGAUAGGUGGUUCAAGGAAACCAAAUGGAACUGGAAAUACUCAGAACAACGUAAGCGCAACGAAGCAAAGCUUAACAGUUAGACCAAAAGUGUAAUAAAAGCGUCAG